AUGUUAUACGAAUACCCUUAACAACCUGCCUUUAUUUAAAAAUAUGAACUAAUCAAAUAAUUUUUUAUCUAACUCCAAUAAGUUAGACAAUGUGAAUAAACAGUUAUUCCAUCUUAGAAAAUAGAUAGAUUAUAAGAAAUUGAUAAAUAAAAUUCAAAAGCAUAAAUAACUGAGGAAUCCCUUAAGUAUGAUGAUUCAACAACUUCCAGAUAAAUACCAAAACAGAGAAGAGCUGUUUAUAUCACAAAGAAAUAAGAACAAAGAAAAUCAAAAGAAAUUACUACACUUCCAAUAAGACCAUCAGAUAUAAUGAUGAUUGAAUAAUAAAAAGAAAAAAUAGAUCAAUUCUGUUAGGAUAAUAAGAUUCUAUAUGAAAAUAAUAAAGAAUGUAUGUACCUAAUUAAAAAGAUGAGUAAAAUGAUUAAGAAACUUAAAUAAUAAACAUGCUAAGAUCAUUUAAAUAGUAUUGAACAUUUAUAAUUAAAAUUAAGAAUUAAGGAUGCUGAACUUGCAAAGAAAAAUGAAUGUAUAUUAUAAAUAAGAGACAAAUAUCAUCAAAUGAUCAAAAUUAUUGAAGAACAUACAAUAUAGGAAGAAUAAUAAUGGUAAGAAAUAUAAGCAUAAUAAAUUGAAUUAGAGACUUAGAAUCUCUUUUUAAGAAAACUACUAUCUGUAAAUUUUGAUGAUGAAUAAAUAAAAUAAUUAGAAUAAUAAUAAAAUGAAGUAGAAUUACAAUUCUUUGAUAAUUUUUGUAUCUCAAGAAAAGACUUAGAUAAAUAAGCAAUUUUAGAAUAUGAAAAAAUGUUGUAAAAUAGGAAAUCAUAAAUUGAACAAUAAUAUGUAGAUUGGAAUAUGGCUCAAAUAAAUUCACAUUAUUAAAAUCAAUAACCUAUGCAUCAACCUUUAUAGGAUUUAUAUGCUGAAGAAAAAGAAAUGAUGAUGAAGAAACAAUCAAAUUAACUUAUGAGUAAAGAAGAUAAAUAGAGAAUAAUGGAAGAUUUAAUGAAACCUAUUAAUUAAUCCAAGUAAUAACAAAUUAAUGUUUAAGAGGUUAAACAAAAGUAGUUAGACAUACUUUCUGGAUCAUCAUCCAAUAGUUCAUUACAAAAAAAACAAUAAUCAGAUUAAUCUCAAUAAUUACAAAAAAAAUUAGCCAUUGAUAUUGAUACUAAGGAAAGCAUUCCUUAAUCUAUUGUAAAAGAAACUCAAGUAGAGAAUAAGUUAUCAUCAAAAGAAUAAUUAUUAAGCUCUCUUAGUUAAGGUUUGGAAAAACUUAUGUAAAAAACCUCUCAUUAAAAAAGAUAUUAGGAUUAUAAUGAGGAAGAUGAUUAGGUUAUCACUUUUAAUCCUGAUAACAAUAUGUAAGAUAUAUAGAGUUUAAGAAUAGGUUUACAAAUCCUGAAGGAGAUGAUGAUAUGGAUGAUGAUGAUGUCCUAUUCUAUUAAAAUAGUUUUAAUUAGUAGAGUUAAUAAUUCUAAAAGCGUACUCUCACUAAAACAGAAAAGAAGGAAUAACUUUAAUAUUAGUGA